CUAUAAAGCAAUUCGCCACUCCAGUUCGGGAUAAGGGCGCUGAGGCUCAUUCCACGCCCGGAUGUAGAAUCUAACCUGCAUCAUACCUGUAUGCGUUGAAUACCGAAGAAUCUUCUUUUCCGCUAUCCCGUGUUGCAAGUCUGUCUUCUGAGGCAGUGAUCGUUUCAUAAAGAAGUUUUGAACAGGACUCAAUGACCGCAAAGAAAGUACUGCUCACACUCUUCGUACUGGCCAUCGGCGUCGGAGCAGGGGUGCUGAUCGGUCAUUACGUCAUUCCAAAAGCUCUCUCCAGACUGCAUAUACCAGAAGUUUUGAAGCACGUGCCAGGAGGUGCGAAAGGAAAUGUUUCAACGAAAACUGAAGACGCUGCAUUCAAGGCUGGUGCUCUGGAAGACGUGCAGUUUGAUCCCGCAAAAAGUAAUGUGCUGAAACGCAUCAUCAGAAUGGUGGAUGGAGCUAAGAUCAAAGAACACGUCAGUUUCUUGGCGUCAGAACCGCAUAUGGCAGGGACGAAUCGAGAAGAAGUGGUACUCGCAAACUACGUGAAGGAUAAGUUCACGGAAUACGGUCUGGACGAGGUCAAAGUUGUCUCCUACGAUGUGCUACUGUCCUAUCCUAACGCCUCCGAUCCAAACACGGUGAGUGUUGUGAAUGCCUCAAACGGGAACCUCUUGUGGACUGCUGCGACUCAGGAGGAAGCUAUCCCCAACAUUCCGACGAAUAUUGGUCCCGCGUUCUUGGCAUAUUCCCCACCAGGAGAUGUAGUAGGCAGCGUCGUUUAUGUGAACCACGGAACCAAUGAAGACUUUGACGAUAUAGAAGCGCUUAACAGCAGCGUAGCUGGUGCCAUAUGUUUGAUGAGGUACGGCCAAGGCUUUCGCGGUCAAAAAGUACGCAACUGUGCCGCCAGAGGUGGUGUGGCCGCUCUUCUGUUUCUGGACCCCGGUAAUGUCUCACCAAAUCCAGGUGCUCCGCCGUAUCCCAACUCGACCUUUGUGUCUGGGUCGGCAAUGCAGAGAGGAUCACUUAUUGUUGUUGGAGAUCCACUCACUCCUGGAUAUCCGGCAACUGAGACUGCCACAAGGAUCAAUCCGUCGUUUGCUCCUCUCCCUACGAUUCCGAGUCACGUUAUCGGUUAUGAUGACGCAAAGAAUUUGCUUGAAAUGUUAGGAGGACCGGAGGCACCAGCAAACUUCCACGGUGGCUUGAACGUCACCUAUCGCAUCGGGCCAUUCAGUGAAGAGAACGAGGAAAAAGUCGUACAACUGCGUGUAAACAACUUCUUCACAAUCGGUGCUGUGAAGAACGUCAUCGGUGUCCUCAAGGGUUCCGUAGAACCAGACAGGUACGUUCUAACCGGUAACCACCGCGAUGCUCUCGGAUACGGUGCCGUCAGCCCGUCAUCAGGUACUGGCGCGCUCCUGGAGCUGGCGCGAGUUCUUGGCACACUGAAGGGCAAGGGGAUCCGUCCGCGGCGCACAGUUCUCUUCUGCAACUGGGGGGCUUCUGAAUAUGGACACAUAGGGUCUACGGAGUGGGUGGAAGAGCACCUGCUGGAAUUGCAGGACCGCGCUGUGGCUUACAUAGACAUGGCUCAUUGUGCCUCAGGCCCCGUGUUCGUAUCGUCCGCUUCGCCAGCUCUUGCAGGAAUCGUUGGCAAAGCAGCUAGGCUGGUGCCGGACUCCGACAGUCCCAAAGAGUCCUUGUUCAACACGUGGAAGCGCAGCAGCAAUGCAGCAACUAAAACGGACGUCGAUCCACAGCCCGGAGACACUGGUGGAGCUUCCGACAACAGCGCCUUCAACUUCUUUGCUGGUAUUCCAUCAGUUGGAUUUGCCUUCUUACCUAACGAGGAGACAGGCUUCAAGAGGUUCCCGGCGUACCACACAGCGUACGACACUCUCCACAUGUACCAGACAUAUGUGGAUCCCGUAGGAAAUUUUGGGAAAACUUGCGCUCGGUUGAACGGCGCCCUUGUUCAUUUGCUGAGCGAAGCCGUCAUCUUGCCUAUGGACAUGGAACGCUUUGUAGGGAAACUGCAGGAGUACCUCGAUGAUCUCGAUGCCGUGGGCGUGAGCGCACAGCUUGAAGCCAACGGAGUCUUCUUAGCUGAUUUGCGUUUUGAGAUUGAAAACCUCAGGAAUGUUUCCAAGACCUGGUCCACCUACGUCAAGUCCCUCAAAAAUGUCAAGUCAGCGACAAUUCGCCGCCUAAACGACCAAAUGAUGCGUGCCGAGAAGGAGUUCUUGAAGUCAUCGGGCCUUCCUGGACGUCCUCUGGUCCGUCACUUGGCCUUCGCACCUCCAGAGGUAGAUCAGGACCGGGGCGUCGGGUUUCCGGUCUUCACCGACCUCCUCUACUACAUCAACAAGUUGCCACCAGAAGCUCAGGGCGACGGCUGGAGAAAUCUCCGUUUCUACGUCAGCGACCUCAUCAGGGCCGUUCAAGGGGCGGCCAAGACACUCGAGGUGCUUUAGUACCAGGAGGGUAGCCCCCACGUAAAAAACACCUGUACGUCAUUCUUGUGACACUUUGCAUGUACGUGAAGUGUCAAAAAAGACCCGUUUUCCAACAACUACAAGAAAGAAGGACGUCUUACCCAGUAUCUGUUUUGUGAGGCAGCUCUGUUCCUAGAGUGGUAGACGGUUUAACAAACCGUUAAUAGCGCUGCCUUUGAAGUACGAUAUCGGAAUCAGAACGAUAUAAGUGAGAAGUAGGUAAAGCAUUUUGAGGGUUACGUCAUAAACGGUUUCAUGCAAUUCGCCAUGGGAAAUGACUGCCGGGGGAACGAACGUGACGACCAGUCACCUUGGGUACACAUUGGAAGCACCGUUACCGCUGGUGCCUAACGUACGGUUCAAUAGUUGCCGUUUAAAGACGGGUGUUACACGUAGAAUAGAAAUUAGCGUAACAAAAUAAGGAAAUCCUAAGCCUAAGUAUAAUUCUUCUAAACUUCUUGCUAUCCUUUCUUGUAGCAGGCGUCGCUGUUGUCGAACUUCAUUGAAGUGUACUCUAUUUCCAACAUGUGAAAAUGCAUUUUUAUUUUUACUUUUCCAGUCCCUCAUCGUGUACCUUGUCAUAUGAAUGUGUAACGGACUAUGUGGAAUAAAAAUACUGCGUUGUCCGCCA